ACAGUACAUUUAGGUGCUACAAGUAGAUGAGUAGAUGAUUUUGAUUGGACUCUUAAUCUAUUGAUCUUAAUCCUUAUUUCUCCAUACGUUAUAUUUUCCUCCAAAUUUCCAUCCAUUGCCGAUGCGAGGAUCUUUCCAUAAACGUGUCAAUUUUCUACGAGGUUAGAAGCAUGCAACAAUUCACAUCUGCCGCCUAAGAAGCAUACAUAACGGAAAAGAAAUGGCAUCCAUUUCUACUAAGAUUGAUAAACAUAUUGAUGGUGAUCACAGGGAGAGUGAUCUAUUAACGUCUAUGAAGGACAAGUACUACAAUUUAAUUGACGAAAAGGGGGAUUAUGAUACAUCGAAUAAGCUAAAUGCACAAAAUAUUACUAAAGAAUUGAUUGCCAAAGAAUCUGGGUGUGAAAUGACACAAUCAGAUUCUCAGUCAGCGACACAAUCUUCAUGUACAUUAUCGAUAGUGAGCAUGGGUGACAAUCGUGAUGAUGAUAGCAAGAUGAAAAGCACUGAAUCCUCUGACAGUGAAAUAAUUCUUAUUGAUGAAGAUUCCAAUAUCCAGAACAAGGGGAGUAACACAGGCAACACAGUAAACGAAUUAAAGGGAUACGAUCCUACAAUUGAUGAGAAAUUACCAGAAACUGUCACAUUAUUGACCACACCAGAUGGCGGAAAGUUAUACCUAGUAGGAACGGCACAUUUCAGUGUUGAAAGUCAAAAUGAUGUGUCAAAAAUUAUACAAGCUGUGCAGCCUCACAUAGUUGCAGUUGAAUUAUGCAAAGCCAGAAUUGGUAUACUAAAGCUUGACGAGGAAGUUUUGUUCGAUUACGCUAAAAACAUUGAUUACAAAACUAUUAUGGAUACCAUUAAAAAAGAAGGACUGUAUGAUGGCUUAUUACAUAUUUUAAUGUUAAGAAUGGCAGCUCAUGUUGCCAAGCAACUUGGUAUGCCACCUGGAGGGGAAUUUCGAAGGGCAUUUGAGGAAGCAAAGAAAGUGCCAAACUGUAUUAUUCAUCUGGCCGAUCGACCAAUUAACAUAACAAUGCAACGUGCGAUACGAUCAUUGUCCUGGUGGCAGACUAUAAAACUAGGAUGGAAUAUGGCAGUAAUGAAAGACUCUAUUACUCAAGAGGACAUCGAACUUUGUAAGGAACGAUCGAUGUUGGACGAAAUGAUUGCCACCAUAAACGAUAAAUGUCCAGUGUUGGGAGAAGUGUUUGUGAAAGAGAGAGAUAUUUUCUUGACCAAUUCUCUACAGUUGUCCUGUCUGCCUCGUUCUAUUUUUAACCUUACACACUUUACUUCUAAUGAACCAACACGUGUCGUAGGAAUCGUCGGUUUAGGACACAUACCCGGCAUCAUCGAAAAUUGGGGUAAAAUUAAGCCUUCUGACAUACCACCUAUCAUGAGAAUACCGCCACCGUCAUUGUCAGGUAAAAUUUUGAAGCUGACUGUUAAGGCAUCUGUACUUGGUGUUGUAAUUUACAUAGGUUACAAAGUUGUAGCAGUACCUGCUGCUAUCACGUUCCAAUCUCUUAAGUCAUCGGUUCAGGGACUUCUACAGGUUGGUGCCGCACGAUAG